AUGAAGGAAAAACAACAGGAUGGGGACCUCGCGUCGUGGAUCAAUAGAGAACGAUUCCUCAAUUACCUCCCGAUUGACAGCUACACCUUGUAUGCAAUGGGAGAUACAGACAAGCUGGUGGUUCUGGCUGUAGUGGAGGAGAAACCCCCUACUAAGGAGAGUAUCCGUUACAAGACCAUGGUGAAAAGAGUGGCCACUGAAUACAAGGACUUCUAUAGCAAAGAAUUCCAGUUUGGUCAUAUGGACGGAAACGAGUACAUCAAUGGCCUCAUAAUGGAGGAAGUGUCCAUGCCCUUUAUCAUCGUGCUCAACUUGUCUAACGAUGGAUAUUUCUUGCCGCCCAACAAAGUGGAGACAAAGGACCAGCUGUUGAAGUUCAUCGAUGGCGUGUUGAAGGGCCGGAUUAAGGUCAGUCUAACUAAACCUGAGCUUAAGUCUGACCUGAGCUAA